AAACAAAACCCGGGCCAGCGCUUUAAAGGUUAACCUGGGUUUUAUCCAACCACAUCCCGGCGUGGCUUUUCCAGCACACUGACCAAUGAGUGCAGCCCGUGGGAAGGGCUUAGGAUGCUGGAUCCCCCCCUCCUUCUCUCGUCCCCCCCCCCUUCCCCCAUUUUUGUGUUUGUUUUGUUUAGUAAAUUAAUGCAGCAAGAAAGUCCCAAGAUCUGGCGAGCUCUAUCCGGGCAAGGAGGGCAAUGCAAUGGAUUAAGAGGCCACUGAGGUACUUUUCUUUCUUUCGGAUCACCAGGGGAGUCCCAGAGCCAUGAAACUUGCCCUCGGCUUCCUCUCCACUUGAGCCCCAAGCAAUGGGACACCUUCCCUGCAGCAAUAACAACUUCCUCCGGGGGGGAAUAGCCCAGAAAGCAGGAAUCAACCGCAGCCAAAGGCUCCAGGAGGAGAGCAAGAUUUCCGGGACAAUCCAGCAAAUGUCCAGCGCUGACACAUUCCCUUGGAUUUAACUGGAGAAGACACCCCGGCUAGCAGAGGAGAUUAAAAGCGUUGGGCUGGUGGGGGGGGGGGUUUGGGGUUUUUUUAGGUUUUUCCCCCCCUAUCCCCCCUUCCCCCAUGGCAAAUAUACUCUGGUUGCAUCUUGCCUGUUCCAGCAACUCGAUGCCAGGACUGGGAUCCCACUGAAGGGAUAGGAGAUUUCUGUGCAGGAAUCUGCUCGCCCAACCAAACCACACUGCAGUGUGGGGGGGUGGAAAAAAGAUCCGCGGUGGAGUUUAAACACCAAGUCUCUCUCCAAGGUGCUGCCACGGUAGGGGGGGAGGGGGGGUCUCUGUCCAGGGUCCUGAACUCAGAGCCCCCAAUUCAGCUUUUUCCUGCUGAUCCCCGCCGCAACACUCUCAGAGGAGGGUUGUCUGAAAAUGUCCAAGUAGGAAGUUCCAGCACUUUAUUCCGCCUGGUUUGGGGUUCGGUUUUUAUGACCGCCGUUGCUGUUAUUCUUUGAGUGGCAAUUGAUUCAUUGGUUUAUUUUAUUUUAUUUUAUUUUUUUUAAAAAAAAAAAAACACUCGUGGACUACAAAUCACCAGAUCGGAAACAAUGUUUAACGUCAAUGCACUUGGAGUCUACGUUUGGGAAACUCUAGUAUUCUUCAGCCUGGCAGCUUCCAAAGAAGCCGAAGCAGCAGCACGGUCUACUUCCAAACCCAUGUCCCCCUCGGAUUUCCUGGAUAAGUUGAUGGGCAGAACCUCAGGAUACGAUGCCAGAAUCAGACCAAAUUUUAAAGGCCCUCCAGUAAACGUCAGCUGCAACAUUUUCAUCAACAGCUUUGGUUCUAUUGCAGAAACAACUAUGGACUACAGGGUGAACAUCUUCUUGCGGCAGCAGUGGAAUGACCCGCGGCUGGCUUACAACGAGUACCCCGAUGACUCCCUGGAUUUGGACCCCUCCAUGUUGGACUCCAUCUGGAAGCCUGACUUGUUCUUUGCCAAUGAGAAGGGGGCCCAUUUCCAUGAGAUCACCACAGACAACAAACUUUUGCGCAUUUCCAGAAAUGGCAAUGUCCUCUACAGUAUCAGGAUUACACUAACGCUGGCUUGUCCCAUGGAUCUGAAGAAUUUCCCCAUGGACGUGCAGACGUGCAUCAUGCAGUUAGAGAGCUUUGGCUACACAAUGAAUGAUCUGAUAUUUGAAUGGCAAGAGAAAGGAGCUGUGCAGGUUGCUGAUGGAUUAACCUUGCCUCAGUUUAUCCUGAAGGAAGAAAAAGAUUUACGAUACUGCACCAAGCAUUACAACACAGGCAAGUUCACCUGCAUAGAAGCACGUUUCCACCUGGAGCGACAGAUGGGCUACUACCUGAUCCAGAUGUACAUUCCCAGCCUUCUGAUAGUCAUCCUGUCUUGGAUCUCCUUCUGGAUCAACAUGGAUGCUGCACCUGCCCGUGUUGGCCUGGGCAUCACCACUGUGCUCACUAUGACCACCCAGAGUUCAGGUUCCCGAGCAUCAUUGCCCAAGGUGUCCUACGUUAAGGCCAUAGACAUAUGGAUGGCUGUGUGCUUGCUGUUCGUGUUCUCAGCUCUUCUGGAGUAUGCUGCUGUCAACUUUGUGUCCCGGCAGCACAAAGAGUUGCUCAGAUUCAGAAGGAAGAGGAGGCACCACAAGGAGGACGAAGCCGGAGAAGGUAGGUUCAACUUCUCCGCCUAUGGGAUGGGCCCUGCCUGCCUGCAAGCAAAGGACGGCAUCUCGGUCAAAGGAGCCAACAACAACAACACGGCCAACACGGCCCCGGCCGCCUGCAGGUCUCCCGAUGAGAUGCGCAAGCUCUUCAUCCAGCGAGCCAAGAAGAUUGACAAAAUCUCGCGCAUCGGCUUCCCCAUGGCUUUCCUCAUCUUCAACAUUUUCUACUGGAUUAUCUACAAGAUCGUCCGCAGGGAGGACGUGCACAACCAGUGAGCAGGGCCGCCCGGAGAGGAGAGCCAAACGGGAUGAGAGGGGAAAAAGCAAUCCUCUAUACACAUGUGCAAUAGCAAUGCAGCGAUGCAUGAAUUUAAGAAUGUGGCAAUAUCUACUUUAAAAUAAACGGGGGGGGAGGAAGGGGGGGACUUUUAAAUAUACAAACUGAGGAUUACCAGGGGCUGGGGAAGGAAGUUUUCCAAAACUUGAAUUGGGGGAUUGCAGGGGGCUAGGUGUUUUACAGCAUAGGAAGGUUCGGAUUGCUACAGCGGCAGUCCAAGCAGUGUAAUAUAUUAAAUAUAUAUUCAUGCUUAAUUAUAAUGCAAAAAAAAAAUCCUUUUUUUAGCCUAUUAACAGCUUAAAUUCUAAAGCCACUGGAAUGAUUCAUGAUUCCAUGUGCAGAAAAUAUUACAAUAAUGCUUAAAUCUGACUUUUGCUAUAUAAAAGGCCAUACCAGUUUCCAGCCAAGCACGCAAAAAAAAAAAAAACCAACCCCCACACACAUACACACAAGAAAGUCAUUUAUGCUUCCCUAGGUUUGGUGUCUGUGAUUUCAAGUUGGGAUGGAUUGGGGGAACUUUAAGGAAAAGGCUGUGGGUCAUUCUUUUGGCCAAGGAUUUGAAAAUCAAAUAUUUUGUCUCUCUUAGUUAAAGCAAAUAUAGUCCCCAUCCCUUUAGACACUGGUCCAAUGAGAAAUCUGAAAACACGAGGGCAUAAGAAAGUGCGAGUAUGUGCUGUCUUUUUCAGCAAACCAAAAGAAUGACAAUCUCAAGAGGCAGAAAUUACCAUUAGCACAAGUAACAAAAUUGUUUUAAGACAGCAUUUGUGUUUCAACCCUUUUAUGCCACAUUUGUUUGGAAAGGGGGGGUGGAGGGUGAAUGGGAAAAACAAAGAGCAAUUGUGUUUCAAUAGAGCUUUAAACAAACAAUCCAGGCGUUCUAAUGCUGCACGCCUCAUAAUGAGGAAAAAGAUAGAGAAAUAAGUGAAAUCGACUUGUAUUGAUGAAGGCUGGGGUGGGGGGUAACUGUACAGAGAGGGCAAUCAUUAUUUUCUGGCAUUGCAUAGCAGUAAUAGUAUUGAAACUGGGUCGAUGGCCCAACUAUAUUUUUGUAACCUUUGACUGCUGCAUUUAGCUUUGACGUCCAAGGAAAGAGGAACUAGCCUUCUUUUCCCUCUAUUGUUUGGCGGGUGGCAGGAGGAUCUGGUCCCCGUGGGAGCCCAAGAAAGCCAAGCAGAUGAGGAGAAGGGAAGGCCAUUAAUGUUUACAUGGGGUGGGAAAAGGGUUUCCAGGAGGCAGGCAUCCGAAGAGGGGACGGGAACACUGGCAAAUAGGCAGGGGGGUUGGCCUUCAGGCAAGCUUGUGAUACAAGCGUAAUGUCAGUGUUCGGGGUAGGGAUGGGGCAUUUUAUACAGUUCUGUUGCUGGCAUCUCAAAGACAGGCUCAGGAGCAGUGCAGAUGAGCACAGAGUUGCUGUCCUAUCCCUGUCUUUGGGGCCAUCUUCGAUCCAGUAGCCAGGCUGCCGAGCUGCCAUGGCUGUAUUUUAUUUGUUUAUUUUUGCGCACUUUAGUGUGUCAGGUGAAAAGAGAAGCAGCGAAUGGGAAAGAAGAGACAAUCAGUUAGCACUGAAGCACCCGGGCUGGGUCUUGAUUGCUAUGUAGAGACCGGGAUGCUGAACUAAGGUAGCCAGAUCAGAGGCGCCUUGGGAGGUUUUCAACACCCCUGCUCAGGAUUUGCCUUUCAGCAGCUGGAAACAACUGGCCUGGGGCAGAACUGAUCCAUUUCUAUCCAUGUAGGAGGCAGACGUUCAAUUUCAGGAGUUGCAUCUCUACAUGUGAUACAAGGCAACGCAAAGCAAAACUCCAGCCCUUUUAUGCAGGUCUACUGGACCAGGGAUGGAAUAGAGAGCCUCUCGCCUCAAACACCAACUCGGAUCUGACCCAGGUCAGUCGCAACCAGCCAUCUGAUGGGAGAGCGGUGAAAGGGGCUAAGUUCAGCUCCCAGUCCACAAGCCCGUGUCACAACGGCCAACCUUAGAGCAGAGAGGCCAAGGGUGGAGACUGAAGGCCACUCUAGCACAGGCCAGAUGCACCUUGGGAAGGAGAGGGAUGAGGAUGGGGAAAGCUUGCCCAUGGCUUCCCAGGUGCUACCGGUUCUGUGGACAGACAUCAGUCUGCAGGGCUGCCGGGCCAGCACCUUUCACCAGCACAAAAUGCACUUUAUUUAAAAAUAGAAGAAAAAAAGGCAAAAAAAAAAAGUGGGUCUGUUGCACAGAAUAAGGUAAAAUGCAGUAUUUUCUGAAGUCUUGGCAAGAGGUAUCGCUUAGCUUCAGGGGCUCAUUAUCACUGCUGGGGUGGGGACAGGGAGUGAAAUACCAGCCCCCUCCCUCCACUCAGGCAGCAUAAAUCUUGUAGGUUGAGGAUUUUGUUCUUCUGUCGCUGGGUAACAGAGCGUUCCCAGGAAUGGAGAAGUCACUGGAAUACAAAUCAGUCGGGCAGAGCCGAUGUUUAAUCUGAAGAUGACUGAGUCUUGGCUGGGGACCGAGACUGCUGCUGGCUUGAGUUUGCUUGUUGAAUUAUUGAACCCUCUGCAGCAUGAAUGACUUGUUGUGCCAGCUGUGUGCUGGGGAAUCGCUCUCAACAGCUUGUCAUGACCUGAAGUGAACGAGCAGACGGAGGGAAUUUCCUACCUGUCUGAUACCAGGGCAGACUCUGCAGUUAACACACCCAUACCCCCACGUGUCCCCUUUGAGGAACACAGGGGAAAGCCCUGCCUGCAUUUGUCUGUCUUCGGUCAGGUGACAUGGAUUCUGGAUCCAUCCUUGGCACUAAUAUUUUGGAUCCUGACCAUUAAAUAAUGAUUUUCCCCUCCCUUUUCAAAUUCUAAUUCACAUUCCUAGUUUGGGCUAAAUUCAUCUCAGUCGCAACUCCAUUAACUUCAAGGGAACUACAGGAGGGGUCAACUGUUCCCCCUAGGGAGAGUUCCCAUCUGCAGAUGUCUUUCUCCUGAACCACUGUGACAGCUUAGCUGUUAUGAGUAGUGGCCAUUCGAUGAUUAACAAACCUCACGUCUCAGUAUGCGAUACUAGGGAAUCUGGAGCCUAGUUUGUGACAUCUUUUGUUAUAACUUUGUUACAUCCUACUUUGCUUUUUUCAAUUCAUCCCAUGUAUAGGGCAUGAUGUGGGGUGGGGCAGGGAACCCGGGUCUGACAAGAGCCAGGAAAACAUGUUUCUGAUUAACUGGAGUCUGAUCCAGCUUAGAGAGGAGCACUGAGCUCAAACAACCCUGAAACUUUGAGGAAGUUCAGAUCCAGAUCUGAACCCAUGGCCAAAUUUGCAGCUCAUGUUCAUCUGUCAUCUCCAGUCCUGUCUAGUUUGGGAUGUCAGAAGAGAAUAGGAGACAUAUGUCCAGAUCCUGAAACAUCCUGAAUCCAGGCAGAUGGCUGCACCUGCAUGGAGCCCCACUGACUUCAACAGGGCUUCAUGGGGCCAUAUAAAUCCACUCAGAUGGAGCACCUUGUAGGGGCCAAACUGGGAGAGAUUGGCAACUAAAUUCUGGACCCAAUUACUGUGGUGCUAAAGUCAACGUUUUGCCAUUCAAUGUAAACACAAUCAGGUCUCUUGUCAUUUCCUUACAUAGCCAGUUAAUAUUUACAUGAUAUCUCAGACUAAGGGCUUGUCUAUCUACAUGGGAAACUGACCUGCAGAAAUACAGCAGUAUAAUCAUACCAUUGAAUAUAAUUCUGCUAGUCGCAUUCCACAUAUAGAAAAGCCCUUAGUUUUUUCUACAGUAUUCAUCCUUGUAGUACCUAAACACUGACAACUAUGGAAGGUUUCACAGGAUGUUUCUACAUACUGUAUUUACCCUGUAUAUACUAAAAGAAACUGCCUGCUCUCCAAAGUAUACAGCUUUAUUAUUGCUAACAACAAUAUUUAUUAGCAACAACCUACAGGUUUCCCAUUUGCACUGUCGGUUCCUGCCAUAACUGAAUUAUAUCAUUAUUGUAGCAGUUAACCCUUUAUGGAAAUUGGGCUCAGAAGGUGUUUUUUAAGGGCAAAUCAUAAUAUUAUGUAAUGGCAAGAAAAACAAAUAGUGAUCUGUAGAUAAAUUUUUCAAACGAGACUUAGGCACCUAAAUCUCUUUUGAAAAUGGGACUUAGACUGCCAAAUCACUAAGGCACUUCUGAAAAUGUUUACCCCUUGUCUCCCAUUGUUUCUUCCAGACAUGUGGCUGAAAUGGUAUAAUCACAUGAUCAGGAAUUAAUGUUUUCACAUGUAAAUAUGACCAUUGAAGGGCAAAAAUAAUUGUAAUAUAGACAGUGGUAGUAAUAUAGAUUUUCAUUUGUCCUAAUUAAUUUUUUUAAGUUGUAAUUCACAAUUAAAGUUCAUUUCGGGUCUUAAUCCUGCUGUCAUGGAAAUCGGUGAGAGCUGAGCUGUAUCUUAAGGUGCUAAGUAAUUCCGUAAAAGUGCUUGAUCCUGCAAGAUGCUGAGCAUUGACCUCAGAUCCCGCAAAAGCACAUGCUGAACUUUAAGCCUGUGAGCAGAUCCAUUGAUCUCAAUGGAAGUACUCAUGUUUAAGUUAAGCAUGUGUUUGAAAGCUUUGCUGAACCAAGGCCAGCAUGUUCAGCUCCCUGCGGGAUUGAAGCCUGAGACCCCUGAGAACUCUGAAAGUUCUUCUGCCAACAGAAAAUAAGUGAUUUACGUUUCAAACAUUUUUUCCCUCCACACGGUGCUGCUUGAGCCUUGUCAAUUUCAAGGCAAAACCAGGGUGGUUCAAAUUAGAAUGGUCAUUGUGUCUUAUUUAUAGUCCCAGGGACCCUGCAGGUUCUUAAAGUUGGUGGCAAAGAUUCCAUGCAUUUCACAAUUAUUAUUUUUUAAAAAGAACAUUUAGGAGAAAAGGUUUCACUAUGUUA